GACAUCGCCAGACUCCAGCCUAGGCGAAGCACUACCGCGCGGAUCUGACGGAAAGACCAACCGCAAAGGCCCAAGCCGGUUGCCAUGGCCGAACUCGUGGAGCUCGGAUUUACGGGCCUGGACAAGUUCGCCGAUCGGUACUGGGACCAGACUUACAAUCAUCUGCCAGCGCUACCACGGCCAGGCAACAAGAAGCGGCGGCGGCAGCAGCAGCAGCAGCAGCGGCAGCAACCAGGGCGAGAACUGCCACAGGGAUACUCGGCGCGGCACCCUGACAAAGGAUACCGCUCGUCUCGGUCGUCGUCAGAAGACGCAUACGUGCGCGAAUCGGAGGCGGCAAUGCAUGGGCCGGACGGACAGGACGACUACUACUACGACGACAACGACGACGACGACUACGCAAGGGGCCGAGGCUACUACGAGCGGGUAGACUACCGGGCGCCCGGGCCAGGGCUCAGAAUUCCUCGUGAGCAGGCCGAGUGGGCUGGUCCGCGGAAUGCGCAGGUGGCAGCACAUGCACAUGCACCGCCAGCCCAGACAGGCUACGCUCAACGGCGCCCGGCGCCGCAGCGAAGACGGUCGUCGUGGUCGCCGGCGCGCUCGGGGCGGCGGGGGCCACACGACGCACGACGGGCGCGCUCGCAGUCGCGCUCUCGUGCAGCGCCGUCGGAGGCGAAACAGCGCCUGGUGGCGACGCUGGGAGGGGCAUUGGUGGGCGGGCGGGCUGGCGGGCAGCCAGGCCAGCAAAGGCACCAGGUACGACACGGCGGCGACGAUUGCUGGGGCCAUUAUCGGAGGCGUUGGCGCCAGAGAGGCGUCAGACCACUGGGGCAAGGCGCGACAUGGCAGGAAGAAGGAACAAGAGGAAUACGGGAGGGAGGGCGAGCACGGAAACAGAGAGGGUCGCAGAAACGAGCCCUGGGGCCAUGGGGCAGGCUACGGCCACGAUGGGAGGCGGCACUGCUGAGGCGGCCGUGAAUGAAACUGGCUGACAUGGCAGAAAAGAGUGCUUGCUUGUUGCGGGAAGGGCGCGCCUGGUCUGCGACAUGAUCUGAGGCGGCCGAGGGGGGCUAGUGCGGUG